UGAACUACGAUCGUCGAUGUAAAAAACGCCGUAAUGGUGCAGGUUAACGUCUGAUAAGUGUUCUUGGAGUAUUAUUAUUUUUGUGUGCGUACAGUCGAUCACUUGUGCAAAUUUGCGUCAAACGAUAUCAUUUUAAAACCCGUGCCAACUGCCAAACCCUGUGAUCAUGUGCUUCUCAAAAGCAUUUGCAUUAGGCCUAGCUAGGCUAUAAAUUUUGCAAUAAUAUUCCUGUCUAAUCUAAUGUUUGUUUGUCAUUUUGUAGAGUUCAACUCAAGAUUCCCUUAUAGCCAAGUGGACUUGCUUUAUGUGUAAACAACACCCGACAAUCUACUCCUUAGAAGCAUUUGAGGAACAGGAAGAAAGUAAAAAAUAUAUUCCGUUGUUUGUUGACGGAAAUUAUAGGAUAUUCCUUCGGUGCACCCUAUGUAAUAAAACAUUCCAUGCACACUGUGCCAUCUACGACACACUAGAAUUGCUGCAGAGAGAAACAGCUGAUUUAGAAAUUUUAUGCAAUCCCUGUGCAAAUGGAUAUGGCCAGCAAUAAAAGUGUUAAGCUUCAAAUCAAUACACCAAGUGGCAGUAUUUCAGCAUACAUGGAGCCAGAGAUGGCCGAAUACUACAGAUCUAACAGUGAAGCCCUUGGAUCCCUUGUUAAGGAGCAUCUUCAGAUGUCUACUACAUUUGAUGGUGCAGCCAAUUCUAUCUCAAGCCCUUCAUCAAGGUCAACCAAUGUCAUCAGCCCAAGCUCAUCUUCUGUCAUCAGACCAAGCCCAAGCUCAUCUUCUGUCAUCAGACCAAGCCAAAGCUCAUCUUCUGCUGUCAGACCAAGCCCAAGCUCAUCUUCUGCCGGCAGAGCAAGCCCAAGCCCAAGCCCAUCUUCUGUCAUCAGACCAAGCCAAAGCUCAUCUUCUGCUGUCAGACCAAGCCCAAGCUCAUCUUCUGCCGACAGAGCAAGCUCAAGCCCAUCUUCUGUCGUCAGACCAAGCCCAAGCCCAUCUACUAGCACUUCUUCAACAGAUACAGAGGGUUCGGGAUGCGGUGCAUGGAAUAGAAGUGCAACAUUACUUCUCCUAGAAGAUUAUAGGAUAAUCUCGAAGAAAGUUGAAGCUGGUCAAAAAACAAAGAAAUCCAUGUGGAAUGAAAUCUCAGCAAAUCUUAAGAAAAGGGGUUACAGCUAUACACCAGACCAAGUUAGUGGAAGAUUUAAGACUUUGGUAAGGGGUUAUAAAAACUUCAAAGAUCAUCAGAAGAAAAGUGGGAAUGGAACAAAAGCUUUUGAAUAUAAAGAAGAAAUGGAAGAAUUAUUGGGGCAAGAUCCUGCAGUUGUACCAGUAAUAGCACUGUCCAGCACAGCACAGAAUGAUACAGAUAUUGAUGAUAGUCUAGACACCAGUAGAGACGGAGAUGAAACUGAAGAUACCACUAGUGCAGCAAGUAAUGCAACAGUCUCUGAAUCUUCCAAGAGAAAGAAGCCAAAUACAAAUGAUCCUGUCGAUGCAAACAAGAAAAGAAGAUGUUCCUCGAGAGCUGAUGUUAUCCAGUCUUUAAAUGAUUUUAUGAAAAAUCAAGAGUCAGAAAAUGAAAAGAAAGAAGCUCGACAUAGAGAAAAACUUGAUGUCUUGAAAGAGUUGGUGGGAGCUUUAAGCAAGAAAUGA